CCGAAAGUUAUUGCUGCGGAGGGCGCGAUGGGGAAAUCAGAUUUUCUUACCCCUAAGGCCAUCGCCAACAGGAUCAAGUCCAAGGGGCUUCAGAAGCUGCGCUGGUAUUGCCAGAUGUGCCAGAAGCAGUGCCGGGACGAGAAUGGCUUUAAGUGUCAUUGUAUGUCCGAAUCUCAUCAGAGACAACUAUUGCUGGCUUCAGAAAAUCCUCAGCAGUUUAUGGAUUAUUUUUCAGAGGAAUUCCGAAAUGACUUUCUAGAACUUCUCAGGAGACGCUUUGGAACCAAGAGGGUUCACAACAACAUCGUUUACAAUGAGUACAUCAGCCACCGAGAGCACAUCCACAUGAACGCCACUCAGUGGGAGACGCUGACAGACUUUACUAAGUGGCUGGGCAGAGAAGGCUUGUGCAAAGUGGACGAAACACCAAAAGGCUGGUAUAUUCAGUAUAUAGAUAGGAACCCUGAGACGAUCCGCCGGCAGCUGGAACUAGAGAAGAAGAAGAAGCAGGACCUUGAUGAUGAAGAGAAAACUGCGAAAUUUAUUCAAGAACAAGUGAGAAGAGGUCUGGAGGGGAGAGAGCAGGAAGUCCCUGUUUUUACGGAAUUAAGCAGAGAAAAUGAUGAAGAAAAAGUUACAUUUAAUUUGAAUAAAGGAGCAUGUAGUUCAGGAGGAGCAUCUUCCAAAUCAAGUUCUUUGGGACCAAGUGCUCUGAAGACAAUAGGGAACGCAGCAUCGGUGAAACGGAAGGAAUCUUCCCAGAGCUCAGCUCAGUCAAAAGAAAAGAAGAAGAAGAAAUCUGCACUCGAUGAAAUCAUGGAGAUUGAAGAGGAGAAGAAAAGAGCUGCCCGAACAGAUUACUGGCUCCAGCCUGAAAUUGUAGUGAAAAUUAUAACCAAAAAACUUGGAGAGAAAUAUCAUAAGAAAAAGGGGAUUGUUAAGGAAGUAAUUGACAAUUACACAGCUGUCGUGAAGAUGAUUGAUUCUGGAGACAAGCUGAAACUUGACCAGACUCAUUUAGAAACAGUAAUUCCAGCACCAGGAAAAAGAAUUCUCGUUUUAAAUGGAGGCUACAGAGGAAAUGAAGGUACCCUAGAAUCCAUCAAUGAGAAGACUUUUUCAGCUACUAUAGUCAUUGAAACCGGCCCUUUAAAAGGACGCAGAGUUGAAGGAAUUCAAUACGAAGACAUUUCUAAACUUGCCUGAGUUUGAUAACUUGUUAACAGCACAUUAAAAUCUUAAAGCAUCAAAUUGGUGUUCACGAAGGCAUUACAAGACUCUACUGUGUUAGGGUGUUUCUUUUGUAUGAAACAAAAGGAUUUAUUUAAAUAUUACUGUAUAGUUUAGCUAAACUUAUAGAAAAAUCUAAUUAU